UGACAUUACACUUAUUCACGCAGUAAAUCUUCCUACAAAACAUUAACCAUCCAUACCAACUCCAGCAACAGGUUAUUACUUUUUCUUAAUAAUGGAGAAGACAUUCUGCAUCUUCUUCCUAUCCUUCAGCUCACUACUCCUUUCAGCACUCUCGCAACACGACGAGUUCCAAUUCUCCAGCUUCAACUCCGGCAGCAGCAACAGCAACAGCAACAGCAACAUCAACGACAAGGUAAUCCUCAGCGGCAUCGCAGAGGUCGAUGACGGCGGCAUUCUCCGACUAACUCACGAUACUAGACGUCUCAUCGGCCACGCAUUCUACCACGUCCCCAUCCGUUUCAAGAACUCCACAGACGGUUCCCUCUUCUCCUUCUCUACCGCUUUCGCCUUCGCCAUCGUCCCGGCAUAUCCCAAGCUCGGCGGCCAUGGCCUCGCCUUUACAAUCGCCAACUCCAGUUCCCUCCCUGGCGCCUUCCCAAGCGAGUACCUCGGUCUACUCAACGGAAAAAACAUCGGCAACGCCUCCAACCACCUAUUCGCAGUCGAAUUGGAUACCGUGCAAACCUUUGUGUUCGGAGACAUCAACGAUAACCACGUUGGGGUGGACCUCAACAACCUUGUCUCGAAUAAGUCCGUUGCCUCCCCCCUAGAUCUCCAAAGCGGCGACACUAUUCAAGUUUGGAUUGACUACGAUUCCGCACGCAAGGUGCUCGACGUAUGGCUCGCUAACACUUCAACAAAACCCGCUAAUCCUCUUCUUACUUACGCCGUUGAUUUGUCCCCGAUUCUUCUUAACGAGAUGUAUGUUGGUUUCUCCGCUUCGACGGGGCUUCUCGCCAGUUCCCAUUAUCUAUUUGGCUGGAACUUUAAGAUGAACGGGGUGGCCAAGUCACUGGAUCUUUCAUCUUUUCCAUCACUACCCAAGCCCAAGAAAAAAAACUACGCCCUGCUCAUCGCCGCCCCUGUUUCCGCUCUGGUUUUUCUCAUUGCGGGUCUUGCCACCGCCAGCUACAUUAUCUACAAAAUAAAAACUGCUGAUGUCAUCGAGGACUGGGAGCUCGUCACCGGCCCCCAUCGUUUUUCCUACAAGGAGCUCAAGUAUGCCACCAGGGGUUUCAGGGAGAAAGAGCUUCUUGGACAGGGCGGGUUCGGCAAGGUUUUUCGAGGAGUUCUUCCCGUGACGAAAGAAGAGGUCGCAGUGAAGCGAGUCUCCCACGAAUCCAAACAAGGGUUGCGAGAAUUCGUGGCGGAGAUCGCCAGCAUCGGCCGGCUUCGUCAUCGCAAUCUUGUCCGGUUGCAGGGCUGGUGUCGACGUCGCGCCAACCUUCUCUUAGUCUACGACUAUAUGCCCAACGGAAGCCUCGACAAAUACCUAUAUAGCGGAGAUGCAACAACGCCGCUACUCCCGUGGCCGAUUCGCUUCCGCGUCAUUCGCAGCGUGGCGGCAGCGCUGCUCUAUCUCCACGAGGAAUGGGAGAACGUCGUCCUCCACCGUGACGUAAAGGCCAGCAACGUCCUCCUUGAUGGCGAGCUCAAUGGCCGCCUCGGCGACUUUGGCCUCGCAAAGCUCUACGAACGCGGGGCGAACCCGAGCACGACGCGAGUGGUUGGAACGCUUGGUUACCUCGCGCCGGAGCUGACUCGAACAGGUAAGGCCACAACUGCCUCCGACGUCUUCGCCUUUGGGGCGCUGGUGCUUGAAGUGAUAUGUGGGCGGCGGCCGAUAGAGCCCAAGGCGCAGCCAGAAGAGCUGGUAUUGGUGGAUUUCGUUUGGGAGAAGUUGGCGGCGGGACAGUGGCGGGAAGCGGUGGACCACCGUCUUGCCGGGGAGUUCAACGACAGCGAGGUGGAGUUGGCUUUCAGAGUGGGUUUGUUGUGUUCUCAUCCCUCCCCGGCAGCGAGGCCGGCGAUGAGGGAUGUUGCGAGGUUUUUCGACGACGGGGAUCCGUCAGGAGUGCCGGAGCUUCCAAGCCCGCCGCUUGCCGGCGGGGACUUCUACGAGGUUGAAUUUGAAGAGUUCGUUCAUUCGUAUCUGUCAACAUCUUUCGAGAAGGGUUCUUCCGACACCAUCGUGUUCUCCACGGCGGUAUGAAUUAAGAUGAUGACAGCGGCUCUUUCUCCGCACCCAACGCAAACAUUGCGCCUGCGCGCAUAUCUCCCGAUUAUUAUUCAUGCAGGUUGCAUCCGUUCAUCCGUUGAUUUACAAACUUUAUCUUUACCGAUUAUUAUUUUGAUCUAUCAUAUGGGCUAGUUCGGAAUGCAUGUAUAAUAUUUCAUCAUAUCUUUUUAUUUUUCUAAAAAAAUCAACUGUGCGAAAAAAGACUGCGGAAGCUUUUGUGUAUAUAAUAUUAAGAAAAAAAAGUUAUUUUUCGUUUGUUCUA